AAGGUACAAACCCAUCCCUGCCUUCUCCUUCGCCAUUUCUCUGAAAGCUGCCCUUGUUCAGAACAAAGAUCAAGAUAACUGAAAACAGGCAUAAAAGCAGAGAUUGACACUGUUGGAUCUCACCGCUGCCCGCACCCUGGGCGGGGGCCAGCAGCAGCAGCUGGCACGAGCACAGCCCCAGCCCGGGGCCACCCUCCCCGCGCAGCCUCUCCCUGGGCUGGGGCUGUGCCUGGCCCUCGUGUGCCACACUGCAUCGUGCUGAGAAGCGGGACCCCUCGCCAGACGCCCGAGCACCGCAGUGCUACAGCCAGCAACCCCGCGGCAGCAUCCUCUGGGUCGGGGACGAGAGGCAUCAUGCAUUAUCCUGCAGAAACACCAGCUGGGCUCAUUGCUGAGAACCUUCUCAAAGCCCAAGAAAUAGCCCUCAAUGACUCUCGUGUUCCCGCACGGCUCAAGAAUUACUUACAGAAAGCUCUUGAUGUUGCCGUUGGGCUAGACACUUACCCGGAUGCGAUGGCAGCUUCAAAGAGAAAAAUGUCACCUGGCCAUGACUCAGGGGAUGCCGGAGGAACCAAAACUGGAGCUGGGCUGCAGCAAGAGCACACUUCUAGCUGUUUGAAUGGCCAAAUUUUUGAGAUGUUUAUUCAUAUGAUCAGAGCCAGGAAGAUUUUAUUAAUUGGCAAGCUUAAAGGUUACAGUAUCCUUGCUGUCGCAGAAGAAUUGCCAGAUGAUGGCAAAAUCUUUGCAUGUGCAGAAGUGCCGUAUCUCGGAGUGAACAGCCAAGAAGCAUUUGAUUAUUCCUCAGAUGGCAAAAAGAUAAGCAUGCGAGUAGGACCGAUAGCUGACACUUUGGAGGCAUUACAUGCUGAGGAUGAGCACUUUGAUAUGGUCUUUAUUGAUGCUGAUCAAAGGAGUGCUGUUAACUACUACAGCUUUGUCAUGGAUAACCACUUGCUGAGAAUGGAUGGAGUGAUCUGUGUAGAGAAUACACUCAUGAAAGGACAAGUCUACCUGGAGAACAUAUCUGAGGAAAAUGUACUAGCUGUCAGAAAAUUAAAUACAGUGAUUAAUUCAGAUCCUCGUGUUGAGCAGAUAAUUUUACCUGUGCAAAAUGGACUGAGCAUCAUUCGAAGGAGCCCUGCACCUCCAGAUGCAGUGAUUGAAACAAAGAAAGAAGUGUUGAGGGACGACAUCUUCUGGGGUUAUAACAAGCGCCGCAUCCUUGACCGGCUGCGUCUGGAUGACAAGGUGGCCUACGUCACUGGUGGAGGGCAGGGAAUUGGGAGAGCCUUUGCUCACGCGCUGGGCGAAGCUGGUGCCAAAGUAGCUGUUGUGGACCUGGUCCUUGAGAAGGCAGAAGCAGUGGCACAUGAGCUCAGCCUCAAAGGGAUUAAAAGCAUUGCCCUUGCAGCAGAUGUAAGCAAACCCAAGGAUGUGCAAAGGAUUGUUGAUGUGAUUGUGGCUCGAUGGGGCACAGUUGACAUUGCAUGCAACAAUGCUGGAAUCAACAUGAACUCUGCAAGUGAAGAUACUUCACUAGAAGAAUGGGACAAAACUUUUAAUGUUAAUUUACGAGGGUUAUUUUUGUGCUGCCAGGCUGCAGGCCGCAUUAUGCUGAAUCAAGGAUAUGGGAAGAUAAUUAACACAGCAUCUAUGGCAAGUUUAAUAGUUCCGCACCCACAGAAGCAGUUGGCGUACAAUGCCUCGAAAGCUGGGGUCGUAAAAUUAACACAGACGUUAGGAACUGAAUGGAUUGACAGAGGAGUAAAAGUCAACUGCAUUUCCCCGGGCAUCGUGGACACGGCGCUCAUCCGCUCCGAGGCCCUGCAGCCACUGGUGCAGCGCUGGCUGGCAGACAUCCCCGCAGGAAGGCUGGCUCGGGGGACGGACCUGCAGGCCGCCGUCGUCUUUUUGGCCUCUGAAGCCUCCGACUACAUGACGGGCCACAACCUGGUCAUCGAAGGGGGCCAGAGCCUGUGGUGAGGGGUCCUCCAACCGCCCUUCUUGGGAACACUGUUCGCUUUGCAGAGUAAGUAACAGAGAUUGGGAUAGUCCCAGCUUGGGCCUCUGUAGAUAAGUAGCCAGCUAAUAUGAAAUGCUUGUUUUCUUCUUUGGGGUGUUGCUUUGGAGACUCAUAUAAUGGGGAAAACAAACAAAACACCACACACACACACAAAACCCAACAACUUAAUUUUCACCAUUUUCAUGUUUUCCACUACGCUAUCAUAUUUCUGUUAUAUUAGCAUUUAAUGAUAUAAAGGCAUCUUUACUGCAGUGAGAUUUGGCUAUUAUUUAGUUUAACAGUGGGUAUUUUUAAAGCAAUCAAUAUUAGCUGAUCUGCGCAGUUUAUUGUUCGUAGGCUAUUUUUUGUAUUCAAGUUGUUCCAGUGACAUCUGUGAAUGGUGAAAAACAGUUGGAUGUAGUGUUAAAAAAAUAAAUUAGUUCGUUGCAUUUGA